UUUAAUUUCGAAUUCAAUGUUAAUAUGUUAUUUUCAGACGGCCUUGUCAUUGCUGCUCGUCGACGAUGUGCUGCGGGAUGCCGAUUGAAAAAGGAUGCCUUAUAUUUUCAAUCGUGAAUACUAUUAUAUGCAGUUUGGGUGCAUUUGCCAGCCUGGGUUCCCUCAUUUUCAUCCUGUUCCUGUGGUGUAACCCCACGGUCCUCAGCGAGGUGGUGGUGGACUGGACGUAUAUAGGCAUAAGCGUGGCUGGCUGUGUUGGUUCUGCCAUAGCGCUUACCUUCGCGAUUGCACUCUGCCAUGGUUUACGUAAGAAUAAAAAACGCUACAUAAUGGCGUACCUGAUAUACGGGAUGGUCUCAGUGACCCUUGGCGCCAUAGGCAUUGUGGUUUUCAUCUGGCUGAUGUGGGGUCAACUGUACAUUGUGUUAUACGCAAUGAUCCCCCUUGGGGUUUGCGUUAUAUAUUCGGCAAUGCUGCUGCUAGUGUACGAGACAUACGUGGUGCUUUCCGAACGCGCCCCCGUCACGGGACACACGAGAUUGCUCACUACGGAUGAUUUUUGAAAACCCCCCACUCCACGCCAUUUUGUAA